GAAUACCAAAAUUUGGCCCUAAUACCGCACUGUCGCGCUCUUUCUCUCAACCCCCAUAUUCCCAAGCAAAAUCUCUCUCUCUCUCUCUCUCAGUGCUCCUCUGAGCUCCUCUGCUUCAAGAAAGACCUGAAACAGAACAGAGCUAAGCUGAGUAGCCGUCAAGCAAUCGAAAAUGGCGGACGUGGUGCAGUACAGGCUAGAGCGCAUGGUGGACGAGCUGGACGACCUUGAACGAAGAGGUCUAUUCACACGCAGAGAAAUCGCAGAAAUCGUAAAAAAGAGAAGGAACUUCGAGUACCGACUGAAGCGUCCGAGUCCACUCAAGCAGGAUUACUUGGCAUACAUCGAAUAUGAGAAGCAGCUCGAUUCACUCCGUCGCCUACGCAAGAAAUCGGUCGCUCGACAAAUGAAAGAAAAGGACAAUAAGAAAUUGAGGAAAUCUGUCUCGGAUUUCGCCGGCGUGUCGAGGAUUCUGGAGAUUUAUCGGUUGGCUGUUAUGCGUUAUAAAGGCGAUAUCGAUCUAUGGUUUCGGUAUCUUGAGUUUUGCAGAGAACGCGGUCAUGGGAGAAUGAAGCAGGUUUUGGCUCAGGUAAUUAGGUUUCAUCCAAAGGUUCCAGGCCUUUGGAUCUAUGCUGCAGCUUGGGAGUUUGACCACAACUUAAAUGUUGCAGCUGCCCGUGCUCUAAUGCAGAGUGGUUUAAGGGCAUGUCCAAAUUCGGAAGACCUGUGGGUCGAAUAUCUCAGGAUGGAACUCACGUACCUUAACAAGUUGAAGGCUCGAAAGGCUGCUCUUGGGGAAGACAAGGGGACACUAACACGUGAUAAUGGAGAUGCCAUUGAGAAACAGUGGAGAGAUGAAAAUAAAGAUUUAUUUAUGCCCCUUAGUGAAGGAGGAGAGAAUGCAGAUGGAUCGAGUGCGCAGGAAGAGGAGUCAGAGAAGAAAGAGGAUGCCUUUAGGGAACAAGGUUCUAUUAUUCUUGAAACAAUCUACAGUGGGGCAGUUAAGGCUCUUCCUUCAAAUAUGAGCUUGAGAAAGCGUUUUUUAGAGAUAUUGGAUGCAACAGACUUGGCACAUUCAGAUGAACUGAAGGAAGAGAUAAUGAACAGCAUGACGAGAGAUUUCUCAAAGGAUACUGAUUACUGGGACUGGUUGGCUAGACUUCAGAUUAAUGAUAUUAGAAAUUCAAAGGAUAUCAGUAAAGAAGUUGUGUUUCGUCAGUUAAACAAAGCAGUUGAGGUUUAUGAAGAAGCCUUGAAAGUUGUGGCUUCUGCCAGGAUGUUUUCCCUGUAUACGAAGUUUUUGAUGGAUGUUAUUGUUCCUGAAAGAGAAGAUUCCAUAGAUUCUUGGUUUCCAAGCACCUCCGAUCAUGCUGCAGAAUACAUAUCAAAUCUUUUGAAGGUAUAUGAAAAAGCUGAAUCAAUGGAAUGCCUUACAGAGGAUCUUGCUUACCAGUAUAUUUCAUUUUACUUGCAACUGGGAAAGUUAGGGGAAGCCAGGAAGCUAGCAGAAAAGCUUUGCAAUGAAAAACUACCAGGGGCAGUGAAAUUAUGGGUUUUAAGGGUUUCAAUAGAGAUAAAAUGGGCUAGAAGGAAAUCUGCUUCUCUGUCUAAGGAAGACCUGCUAUCUGUCUAUGAACUUCUGAGAAAUGUUUUGACAAAAGUGGCCAUUUCAGAAGCUGAGAGUUUGUGGUUAAUGGCCAUCAAGUUGUUUUCAAAUCACAAGGACUACUUUGACAAGCUGGUGCAGAUUUCCCUUAUUUUAUUAGCCAAAGGUGGUGAUGAUUCUGAAAGCAAAUUUUCUCUUUCAUCCGCUAUUGUGAAUUGGGUUGUUCAAAGGGAUGGUAUCUUACGUGCAAGAGACAUGUAUAAACGAUUUCUUUCUUCACCACGUCCAAGUCUUGCAAUUUAUAGAAAUUGCAUCGAGUUGGAAUCAAACCUUGCAUUUGUUGGUGAUCACAAAGGUCUUGAAAAUGCACGCAAAUUGUAUGAAUCUGCACUUACAACUUACAACCAAGAUGUUGGAUUAUGGCGAGAUUAUUACUCACUGGAGAUCAAGGUUGGUACAUCAGAAACGGCGAAUGCUGUCUAUUGGCGUGCCCGGAAGACGCUCAAAGACACGAGUGGAUUGCUUGCUCCACAUGAUUUAUGAUGGGUUUCUGUAAUCUGUUCUCUCAAUUUUGACGAGUUGUCUAAUUUCUUCAUUUAUUCAAAAAGAAAAAGAAAACAUUAUCUGGCUUUAAUUUAUCUGUCUUACAGAGCUGAAGAUUUUGAAUACUUUCUAAUGUAAUUUCCUCCAAAAUCUAAGCAUGAAAGUCUUCCGAUUAUAAACUA